GAUGCCUGAUGUUGCCUGACGCUGUGCAAGCUGCAUAAAAGUGCGUCACCUUCACCUUGCCCAAUACGCAGCGCACAGAAUCAAUACGAUACACAUCACGACCUUCAACGGCAGAAAAUUCGAAUCGCAGUUUCGAGUUUCACAUAACAAGACCAGCUGCGCGUGUGCAAAAGUCAAAGACUUGCGCGAACGAAAGGAGUUCCCUGCCUCAGGCCAAAGCAGCCACCGUUUGCAAAAAAGACCGAACAAUAACCAGAAAACAAGAGUUCACGCAAUGGCCUCUGCCGCUGGUCACCUGAGUUUCAAGCCUGUCGAACUAUUUGGUGGAGCCAUCACAGCGGAAAUUCCCACUGGAUGGGAAGAUGUCAGCCAAAUCCGCCAAGUCCCAGAUACCCAAGAAGUCUUCCUCCACACUGAAGGCUUCUCUUCGCUCGUAUUCGAUAUCCUCGAACGAGUCGAGAAUGCAUCAAAUGAUGACAUCGAAGCGUUGAAAUUCCAUCUUUCGGAUAUUAUUGAUUCGGAACCUGAUGCGGCGAGUUCGACAAUUUUGGAAACUGCGUCGGAGUUUCAAUUGGGGAAGAUGGCAGGGACGAAAUGUCUGAGCCUUGUGGCGAGGGUUCCGGCUGGGGAGAAAAUGAGAGGGAGAGCGAAUGAGCCGAAGGGAGGGGUUGUGGUUUUUGUGAUUUUGGUGAGGUUGGAGAGGGUUGAGACGGAUUUUGUUGUGAGUGUGAAUUUGCCGGUUAUGAGGGAGGGGGCUAUGGGGGAGAGCGGUGAUGCGGCAGAGGUGGAAGGGUUGUUGGAGGUGGGGAGGAAGGUGAGGGAGAGAGUGGUAGGGUCGUUGGAGGUGAAGGAUUGGAGGUUGUUUGGAGAAGAGUGAAUGGGUGGCUCGGAGAGCUCGGCUGGGCAGGUUGAUGAUGGAUGUCAUCAGUGAUAAGAGUGCUGAGUAAUCAAAUCGUACUUGAUCGAGACCUACAGGUUAGCAACCAUGCAUUGGCGCUGGGAGAUACUUGUCCUCAGGGGGCGACUACUCAGGCUGGUAAGAAAGGGCAAUAGCCUGUUUCAUCUCUACAGAUCCAUGGGAGUCUCUCUGCUGUGGACCUGCGGCCUCGUUCAAGGAUCCUUGGUUCAAGUGCGCGACUGCCCGAUCACGGAAGUAGAAGGCGAGCAGAAAUACGGUAUGAGAAGCUGGAAAGGAAAGAAUGUGAAUGUUUGUAGUUUCCAAUUGAGAAUUCCAUUUGAGGUCCUACGGAACCCUACGCAACAAAUGUUUCUCGAACGUGCUAUAAUCUUACCUUUUCUUGUAAUCGCUCCACUUACCGUUGAUCGAGCUCCUCUGUAAGCACUCAAUGUGAUCUACAGCUCUUGAUCCGAUUGCAGGUCCAGUUUGUUUCUGGUACGACCUUCGGGGGAGAUCAGGCUCUGCAUGGUCAUGGUAAAAUCUAGAAUGUCAGCUGAACACCUGUAAUUGGUUGUGCAAAGUACUCGUGGUGGCCUGGGGGAUACUUCUCUCAUAUGUA